AUGGCGACUCCGCCUGGGGCCUCGUUUGUGCGUCAGAACUACCACCCUGAGUGUGAGGCCGCCGUCAACAACCACAUCACCCUGCAGCUCUACGCCUCCUACGUGUACACGUCCAUGGCGUCCUAUUUCCAUGGCACCUCGUGCAGGCACUUGGUCGAGUUCCUCCUGCAGCAGUCGAGCAAGGAGAGGGCACUCGCGGAGUGGCUGAUGCAGCUGCAGAACCAGCGCGGGGGCCGAAUCCGCCUGCGGGACAUCAGCAGGCCUGACCGCAACAAGUGGGAGAACAGCCUGAAGGCCCUGGAGUGUGCCUUCCACCUGUCCAUCGUGGUGAACCAGAGCCUGCUUGAUCUGCACCAGCUGGCCACCCAGAAGGGGGACGGCCACCUGUGCGAUUUCCUGAAGAGUCACUACCUGCCCCAACAGGCGACGUUCAUCAAAGAGCUGGGGGAUCACGUCAUCAAGCUGCGCAAGAUGGGAGCUCCGGAAUCCGGCCUGGCAGAGUACCUCUUUGACAAGCUCACCCUGGGUGACAGCAAGAAGAACUGA